AUGAAUUUCUACGAAAACAUUACUUUUAGGAAAACAAAGACACGUUCCUUGACAGAAAAUAGUUCCAUAGAAAAUAGUCCAAACAGUUCCAAGAUAGAUGGCAGCACCGGUAGCUUGCCAAAUAUAUCCAACGAUACAAAUGAUUUACAAAUUCAGGAACUUCAAAGCCAGAUCCAACAGCUCAAUCUGCAACUAAAUUCAGCACACGAGGAGAUUCAAAACUUAAAUUUAGAAAAUACUUCGCUUAAAAACGUAGUCAAGGAACUAACAACUAAAUACGAUAUCUUAAAAAAAGCCACUAAGACAUUAACCACUGAAUCAGUAACACCUGGCAAAUGCAUGCAUACUUCAUCGGCUCCUCGUGCACACAAGAAAAAUAAGAAAAGGGAAUGUUACAAACCCCCCUCUAACAUCAACCAAGAAACUAGCAGGACUCCUGCUGUUCUUAAAUCUAGAAACCAAGUUAAUCAAAUGUCAGAAACUGUGAACAAACCUGCCAAGAAUAAACUAUGUAUUUUAAGUGCUAAUAAAACUAACGACAUUACCUCUAUAGCUAAAGAAACAUUUGAAAACUUGCAGAAACAAAACGAACGAUGGACAUGA